ACUAACCUAAAAAUCGAAGUAAAUGUAAAUAUUGCAAUUUGUAUUUAAGAUUUAAGAUUUAAGAAUUUACUAAAUGAAAAGUUUCCCCCCCUUCACUAUUUCGUGCGUACGGGACACUAGAACACUGUAAUUGUAGUAAAUAUGUAAACGAGCAAUCCAGUCCAACUAAAAUACAAAAGAAAACAACUAAUAUUUUGAGUUUGAGGUUAUAAUAUAAACAUAUUAAUUGUAUAUCCAUAUUUGCUUGGCUAUACUUAUUUAUACUCAUUGUUUCUGAUAAACAUUGUUAUACAUGUAUUGGUUUUAACGAUGUUUAUCUUAGCAGAAAUGAAAAAUGUUACCCGAAUCCCACCUGAGUUAUUUAAUUUGAAACUAAAUGAUGCAAUAGCUGGAGAAUUAAAUAAAAAGCUUGCCAAUAAGGUAGUUUUAAAUGUCGGACUGUGCAUUGCUCUUUUCGAUAUUGUAAGUUUGCAAGAGUGUUUUAUAUUUCCUGGAGAUGGAGCUUCACAUACCCGAGUAACAUUUCGAUACAUCGUCUUUAGACCUUUUAUAGAAGAGGUACUGAUAGGAAAAAUUAGAAGUUGUAGUCAAGAAGGUGUUCAUGUAACAUUAGGAUUUUUUGAUGACAUUUUAAUCCCCCCAAGUGCAUUACAACAUCCUUCUAAAUUUAAUGAAACAGAGCAAGCUUGGGUAUGGGAAUAUGAUACUGGUGAUGGUAGUAAACAUGAUUUGUUUAUGGAUGCUGGAGAAUCUAUAAGAUUUAGAGUCACAGCAGAAGUGUUUAAUGAGACUUGCCCAACUGGACCCGCAACUAUGCAGGAAAACCAGGAAAAUGUUGAAAAUAAAGUACCAUACAGUUUAACCGGAAGUAUAAAUGAACCUGGCUUAGGACUGUUAAGUUGGUGGGAUAACUGAUAGUUAAAUUUUUUAAAAGUUGCUUGUAAAUUUUUAUUUAUAUAUACAUUUUAAUUAAAAUUGUUUUCAUAUACCUACCUUUCAGUUAUAUAUUUUUUAAUUGCAAAACUAAAAGACUAACAUGAAACCGAUAAAAAAAUAUAGUGUCUAACAUACUAUUUAAUAUAUAAAUACCAAAACUAGUUGUGUUGCACAACUUAUCACAUAUUUUUAGACAGAGCUGUAUUUAAAGAGUGAAGAGCCAAUAUUUUCUUGCAUUUGUGCAAAUUUUCUGAAAAAAUCGGUUAGGUUCAUUUUUACAGUAUAUUUUAAGUAACACACUUUUAAAGCCUACUUGGUUUUGUAGUUUAACAAUGCAUCGAAUAAGAACUACUUUUACAGCUCAAAGUAAAAUAUAUCUUACAC